AUGGAGCAGCAAGUAGCAGAGGAGGCCCAUCAGCUCGUGGAGGUUUUUGCACGUUCAAAGGGUAUGUGAUGCUAAGUGAUGGUGCUGAGCUCGCAUAUGGAGAUAUAUUUGUGUCCUACCUCUGUCCACUUUAGAAAGGAAUGUGAUAUGCUUUUCUUGGUUCCUAAUGGAGAUCCCAGCAGUUUCUCUUGGCCCCCAUGAAACCCCACUCUCAGUAUGAACUGGACCAGCUGAGCUAACAUUAGUAUAACUUUAUUUUGCAGGACAACCACUUGACCCCUCCUUGCCCAUCACUACUUCAGUCUCCAACAUGAUAAGUGCUGUGGCUUUUGGGCACCGGUUUGCUCUUGAAGAUGAAAGGCUCCAGAAGCUGAUAGAAGCCAUAGAAUUUUCCCUACAAUUUCUAUGUAGCUUUGGUUAUGCUGUGAGUAGUCAUUUCCAUUCCUGCCAAACAGGUCUCCCAAGGGCCUUAAUACCACAAAUCAGUAUUCUGAUAGAGGGUUGGAGAAGUGAGAUCAGGUUUAAAUUGAUCUGAGAUAAGGGCCACUUACUAUCUCACAGCCUGAUCAAUUGCUCAUGAUUAUCAUUGAGAUAAAAAACACGCAAACCCCCACCCCAGCAACAAAAGAAGAUUUUGUCCACCACAGGAGACUCUUUGGAGGGAAGAUGGGACAAAAAUGAGGAACAAUGAGUUGAGAACAGGUCAUCUAGAGCCCACCAAGGGGAAGAGAGGUGAACAAAAUAAUCUCAAGAAGGGAAUUACAUCGUUUUGUUGCCAUCAUGAAAAACUAAAUGUGUCUACUCUAUACCCACCUAGCAGUGGCAAUCAUGAUGGCAUCCAUGGUGAGGCCCCUGCAGCCACCACUUGGCUGGAAUUUUUUUUUAAUGAAAGAGAGACCAGCAACUCAAGCACUAUCGCUAUUGCUGAGGAAAGCAGCCCCUUCUGGAUGAUCAACUAAACCCUUUCCUCAAAUUUAAGUUCAGUUCUCCACAUUUCUACCUCCAUUCCUAAUCUAUAUAUAAAAAAAAAGUACUCAUGAAACUUACUUGAAUUUCCCCCCACCCCUAUUCGUCACCCACCCCCACCUACCACAAAAGGGCACUAACUUGUUCCAGGAGAGGUCCUGAGAUUGUGCCCAGUUUUGGAAUUAUGCCGGGGAGCUGGAAAAAUAUUUUGAGCCAUAGUUUUCUUUCACAUUUUCAGCUAGGGAUAAAUCACAGAAUCCAAUCAUUGUGGGAUUCCAGAGAAGCUGGAGAGUCUUCGUAGUGAGACUCAAACUAAUAUGCUAGCCCUGAAGAAUAAUGCAGAUCAUGUUUUUAAAGUGCAAUUCCAAAGCACAAAUGGUUUGAACAAGCUUCCUCAUGGUAAUGGCAGCAUUUCUGCUAUUCUUCCUUUAGCUUUAUGAAAUGCUACCAUGGCUCAUGAAACAUCUCCCAGGGCCCCACAAGAAGGCCCUGUCCUGCAUGGAGAUGGUGCGUUCAUUUGCAAAGGAGGAGAUAGAGAAGCAUAAGGAGAAUCAGUCUGUGCAUGAUCCACAGGAUUUCAUUGAUUUCUAUCUACUUCAGAUGGAGAAAGUAAGUAUCUGCUUGAAACCGAAUGCUGCUCAUCCAAGGAAUCAUUAUAUUCCAUGUUAUGAGUGAAUAAUAAUCCUGAAAAAACAGAGAGAGGAGCUGAAGGAAGUCUUUCUUUUUGGGGAGGGGAAAAUAGGGGGGGAUUGAGAAUGAUAUGUUUUUGAUUAAUUGUUAUGUUGAAAUCUUUAAUAAUAAUAAUAAUAAAAAAUAAGUAAAUACUAAUCUCUUGCCAGGACACGAAUACCUCUCUCUGCCCCCCCCAUUCCCCCAUAGUCAUUUUAAUUGCUAAAGUGAGUUGACAUCCUUCCAUAGGCAUCUACUAAAAUAGCUAGGAAAGGAUAGAUAUUUUCAUGUACAAAUGUGAAUGCAAAUGAGUAUCUGCUUCAAAACUGUAGGCAGCGCAUUCAAGGAAUCAUUAUAUUCCCUGUUAUAUGUGAAUACUAAUCCCUUGCCUGGAAACCAGUACAGUGGUACCUUGGUUCUCAAACUUAAUCCGUUCCAGAAGUCUGUUCCAAAAUCAAAGUGUUCCAAAACUGAGGCAUGCUUUCCCAUAGAAAGUAAUGGAAAACGAAUUAAUCCAUUCCAGACUUUUAUACACAACCUCUAAAACAGCAAUUUAACGUGAAUUUUACUAUCUAACGAGGCCAUUGAUUAAUAAAAUGAAAGCAGUAAUCACUGUACUGUACUAUAAAAUAAAUAAAACAGUAUUGUGGAUGAUAACAAUUAAAAUUAAAAUUCUUUCUUACCUGCGCUGAUGAUAGUCAUUGUUUGGAUUGUGGGUUUUUAUCCAUUUCCGUAGUCACAUAAUCAAUCAAUCAAUCAAUCAUAAAAUGAAGAACAAGCUACAUUCACAAAAAUGAAAAGGCCAUACAAACAAAAACGUAAAAACAAAACAAAAAUAAAAGCACCAAAUAUAAGCUCCAAAUAUCACCUCAGAACACUUCAAUCAGAAAUGGAAGGCUUUGAUUACAAUUGGGGGGGGGGGCGCAAAUUAGCAGCGCAACAGUGAAAAUGGAAGCUCAGGAGCACAUUCAGAUUCUGAAGCAAAGUUCGCAAACCGAAACUUCCAGGUUUGCAGCAUUCAAGUUCCAAGUUGUUCGGGAACUAAGCUGUUCGAAAACCGAGGUACCACUGUGUCUUUUCCCCCCAAUCUCUAUUGAAAAUCGCAUUGAGUUUCCUCCAAAUAUUUCUCAUAGUCAAUUUAGUUGCUCAUCCAUCCAUAAGCAUCUAUAGAAAUGUCUAGGAAAUGUGAGUGUAAAGGAGUGGAAACUUAAGUGUAUUAUGGGGUCUUGUUUUGGAGCAUUUUUUGGAUUGAUGUUUAUCUGACAUUCAAAUGUGGACUGAGAAAACAGAAAAUCCAAAACAAAAUAUUCUUAAGUUAACUAUGACUUCAAAUCCCUGUCUCAUCCAUCUUCAUAUACUAGAAAGGACAAAAUAUAUUUUCAUCUUUCCCUCUUUGAACAAUGCUUAUUAUGGUGAAAAAAGAACUGUUAAAUAUGUUUAGUGGGAAGUGCCAUAUUUCACCACAUAAUUGUCACAUUUUUAUGCAAAUUAUUCUUUUUCAAAAAAGGGAGUUGUGACAAUUAUGUGGGGAAAAACUAAGGCAUGACCCUUAUGCGAGGAAACAUUUUUUAUUAACAAACAUACUUAUGGUAACAUUGCUUAUUACUUGUUACUAACUGUUUUUGGUGUGAUUAGGAUGCACAGAAUACUUGUGAACAGGUAAAGGUAGUCCAAAUCAGGGCAAGGCAAUUUCAUGCACACUGAGAAUGCCCUGUGACUAUUGUGUGUUGAAUGCUUUGGGACUGAUUUUAAGGCUUGAGAAAAGUAGCUCGACUAUUAUGUGGUGGUGACCAUUAGGCAGUGAAAUACGGUAGCACACAUUUGAAAUAUCUGAUGCCAGUGUUUCCACUGGAUCCCUCUCUUCAUGCCACUGUUGGCUUAUUACACCAACCCACAGAUCCUGAAAUCUAGCACUAGCAGCUACCACUGUAAAUACAGGAAAUUGUGUGUGGGUUUCUUUUCAUAACCAGCUAUGAAGCACAGGGCCAGUCCACCCAUGAGGCAGGCUGUGACAGCUGCCUUGGGCAGUGGAAUGCCAACAGGAGGCAUCUCUGGGGGUGUGCUGCCUAGCCAGCUGCUAGUGGAGAAGCAAAGGGGACAGCUUCUGGCAAGAUUUCAACAAAAUCUUCCAAGAUCUCACCGAGCCCCUGUUGUUGCCACUUUGUGGACACUGCUGUGCAACCCAGGUAAGGCAGGCAGCAGCAACAGGAUUUCUUCUUCAUCUUUGGUGAUCACUCGUAGCCAAGAUUGUCUUCCAUAAACACGGUUUUAACAAUGAGUCCGCAAGUCACUGUGGAGGCCAAUUCUGGAUUCACACGUCCUUCCACAGUGGAGACAUUGGUUUCCAGAAGGGAGAUGAUCCUGGUGUGGAUUUGCCAAGCAUGCCUUCCUCUUAGCAGGUUUCUCCCUUGUGUCCUGAGUUUGAGUAUCUUCAAAACCCACGACACCUUUGGUAAAGGCUGUUCUCCAACUGGAGUGCUCACAGGCAAGUGUUUCCCAAUUGUUGGUGUUAAUGCUACAUUUAAAAAAUUUGCCUUAAGACAGUCUUUAAACCUCUUUUGUUGACCACCAGCAUUACACUUUCCAUUUUUAGUUUGGAAUAGAGUAGUUGCUUUGGAAAACGAUCAUCAGGCAUCCGCACUACAUGACCAGUCCAAUGAAGUUGAUGUUGAAGAAUCAUUGGUUCAACACUGGUGAUCUUUGCUUUCAGCCUGCUCAGAUUAAACAGCUUUCCAUCUGUUUAAUAUAUGAUAUCUACUCUGGUGGAGAGUUUCCCUUCAACAAAGUGUAGGAUCAUGGCAAUGAAAAUAAUGAAUAGUGUUGGGGCAAUAACACAACCCUGUUUAACACCUGAUCCCACUGUGAAUGGUUCACUCUGAGAGCCAUUGUUAUCCUUGAUUGUGGCUGUCAUAUUAUCAUGGAGGAGCCAAAUGUUGUUCACAAAUUUAUCUGGGCAGCCAAUCUUCAGAAGGACAGUCCACAGGGCAUUAUGAUUUACAGUGUCAAAAGCCUUAGUUAGGUCAAUAAAUGCCAUAUACAAGGGUUGGUUUUGCUCUCAGCAUUUUUCUUGAAGCUGUCUAGUGGUGAAAAUCAUGUCCACUGUCCCCCUAGAAGGCCAAAAACCAUUUUGGGAUUCAGGAAGGGUCACCUUGGAUAUUGUUAAGAGACGGUUUGCUAAGAUCCUUGCAAGAAUUUUGCCAGCCGCAGCUAAUAGAGAAAUGCCUCAAUUCUGUCACCUUUUAAAAAGAGAUUGAUAAUUUUGGCAUCCCUAUAGUCUGCUGGGAUUUCUUCUUUCUCCCAGAUUGUUUCGAUGAGCUUGUGAAGUUGUUGUGUAAGUUCAAUUCCACCCACUUUGAAGACUUCAGCAGGUAUUCUGUCAGGUCCACUGGCUUUGUUGUUUUUCAUUUGGUUAAUGGCUGUACACAACUCUCCCAGAUUAGGAGAUACUGCAAGCUCAUCUCUAACUUGUUUUUGCAGAAUUUGUGAGAGGACCUCAGCAGCUAUGGGGGAGUUGCGGUUAAGGAGAUGUUGGUAAUGUUCUUUCCAGUGCAGUGCAGUAGCUUCUUUAUCUUUUAGAAGUGUGGUACUGUCUGCUGAGCAUAGGGGGCAUAUGCCAUGAUUUAUUGGCCCAUACAUGGUCUUUGUGGCUUUAAAGAAAUUCUGUGCAUCAUGAGUGUCAGCUAAGCACUGGAUCUCUUGAGCUUUUUUUAAUCCACCAGGUGUAUUUUAGUUCUCUGGUUCUUCUUUGAACCUCAGCCUUAGCGUUGGCAUAGGUUUUUUUUUUCUUAGUGGCACAGUUUCUGUCUCUUUGUCAGAUCUGAAAGGCCUUCCUUUUCUUGUCAAUCAUGUGUUCAAUCUCACUGUCUUUCUCAUCAAACCAGUCCUCGUGUUUCUUGGUUUGCUAUCCGAUACUUUGUUCACAGGCUGCAAUAAUGAAUGUUUUUAGCUUGGUCCAGUGUUCCUCGAUGUUAUCAGGGAAUUCUGAAAGCAGAUGGUCCUUAAGAGUUGUUUGGAAGCAGAUUCAGAAAUUUGGGGAAGUGGCAGGAUUUAAAUUAAACAGGAAUAAAACAAAAUGCCAGUUAAAAACUUGAAGGAAGAAGAAAAAAAAGAAUUGGAGCAAAACAUUGAUAUAGAAGUCCAUAAAAAGGUUAAAUAUUUAGGUAUAUGGCUAACAUCAAGAAAUAUAAACUUAUACAAAGACAAUUAUGAAAAAAUUUGGCUUGAGAUAAAAAGAAAUUUAGAAAUAUGGAGCAGAAUGAAUCUCUCACUGUUAGGAAAAAUAGUGGCAGUUAAAAUUAAUGCGCUUGCUAAAGUGCUAUUCCCCUUCAAAUCAGUCCCAGUAAUUGUGAAAGAUGAAUGUUUUUAAAAAUGGCAGAAAGAAAUUUCUAAGUUAAUCGGGGGGGGGGGGGGGCAAAAGGCCAAGGAUAAAAUAUAAGCUACUUACAGACAUAAAAGAUAGAGGCGGUUUUGCCCUCCCAGACCUUAAAUUGUAUUAUGAAGCUGCAUGCCUGGUAUGGAUUAGGGACUGGAUGAAGUUGGAAAAGCAAGAAGCAUUAGAAUUGGAAAAACAUGACAAUAGAUUUGGCUAGCACACAUACUUAUGGUAUGGGAAAGGGAAGGUUCAUAAAAGUUUCUAUAACUAUAUAAUUAGGAAAUCAUUAAUGAGAGUAUGGGAGAGAUAUAAAGAUUUGUUAGAACAGAAGACCCCUUGGUGGCUUUCACAACAAGAAGCUUUACUGCUCAAACCACUUGGAAAGAAAGGAAAGUGCUUUACGUAUGUUGAUUUGCUAAAGCAUCAAGGAGGAAAAUGGAAACUAAGAGAUUAUGAGGAAAUAAAAGACCACUUUCAGAGUUGGUUACACUAUUGGCAACUACAUGAAAUAUACAAAGAUGACAAUAAGAAAGGAUUUAGCUAUAUGACAUCUAGAUUCCAAAAGGAAGUUGUAGAAGGGAAGGUGAAGCUGCUGAAAGGUGCAUAUAGUAUUCUGCUAGAAUGGGAAACAAAAAAUGAAGAGGUGAAAUCAGUUAUGAUUAAAUGGACACAAGAUAUAGAACACAAAAUAAUGUUUGAAGUUUGGGAAAGAUUGUGGAAAACUGAUUCAAAAUAUACAGAUUGCUCUUUGCUGAAAGAAAAUUACAUGAAAAUGAUGUAUAGAUGAUAUAUAACACGAGUGCAAAUAGGAAGAAUGUAUAAAACUGGUUCAACUAUGUCUUGGAAAUGUAUGGAAAAAGAAGGGACUUUUUACCAUAUGUGGUGGGAUUGUAGCAAAAUUAAAAAAAUUCUGGGAAAUGAUAUACAAUGAGUUGAAGAAAAUGUUCCAAUUAACAUUUAUAAAAAGCCUGAAGCAUUUUUGUUAGGGAUUGUAGGAAAAGACCUGCCAAGGAAAUUGAAAAACAUCUUCAUGUAUGGGACAACAGCGGCAAGAGUCUUAAUAGCACAAGGAUGGAAAAAUGAAGAAAUCCUGACCAAAGAACUGUGGCAAGAGAAACUGAUGGAUUAUGCGGAACUGGUGAAAUUGACAUACAAACUACGUGAUAAGGACAGCUGUGAUUUUAAAGAAGAAUGGGAACCCUUUACAAAGUACUUAAAGAAACAAGAAAAUGAACUGGACUCCUUGGCAGGUUUUGAAGAAACAUUCACAACCCUUUUAUUGGUAAUAUAUAGAUAGAUAAAUUAAGGAUAUCUACAAUUUUAUAACAUGCAGAGAUAUUAUGUGCUGAAAAACCAGAGAGAGAAGCUGAGGGAAGUCAGGGUGGGUGGGAGGGUGGUUUUUUUCUUUUUGGGGAAGGGGGAGGGAAAAUGGGGGGGGGAAUGAGGAUGAUGUAUUUUUGAUAAAAUGUUAUGUUGAAAUUCCUAAUAAAAAAUAUUUUAAAAAAAUAGAGUUGUUUGGAAGCAAUCCCGGUUAAUGGGAUUUUGAAGGGCUUGAGUGUUCAUUUUGCACCUUGGUUUCCUUCCUUGAAGCCUGUGUUGAGGUAUAAUCUUGAUAGCCAUCGUGGAACGUAUUAGUCGGUGAUCUGUCCAGCAUUUGUUGGCACUCGUCAUGGCUCUGGUAAGGAGCACAUCAUGGAAAUCUUUAGCACAGACAAUAACAUAGUCUAAGAGGUGCCAGUGGUUUGACUGAGGAUGCCUCCAUGAAGUUUUAAAUUUAAUUUUUUUGUUGAAUGAGUGUGUUGGUAAUAGUAGCCUGUUGGUUUUUGGUGAGUUUACCAGAAGUCUGGUAGGGACUUCUGACAGGAGCUUUACAAGAUUGUUUUUGAUAGCGAAGCCUACCUCAUGUAUUUGACAUUCUUGUUCAGAUAGACCUUUCCAGAAGAAUGUGUAGCCUCCUUUUUCUUCCUUCAGUUGUCCCUUGCCUGCUCUUUGAGUCUCUUGAAGCACUGCAAUAUUGAUGUUAAAACGUCAAGUCUCUCUUGCAAUGAUGGCAGUUCUGUGUUCAGGAUGCUCAUUAUCUGUGUUAUAUCUGUCCAUAUAUUCCAUGUUCCAAAGUUCAAUUGUCUUUUACCACCGCUGGGUGGUGACCCCACUGGGCGUGGUAAUCCAGUCAGGGAAAAAAAGAGGCAGACUAUGUUUAGGGCACCUUUUCUAGCCUCUCCCCCAUUUUGGAGUGAACAGAGUAGAUCCUAAAAAGGGCUGCUCAGUCAUGGAUACAGCUGCCGAGCUGCUCAACUGCCUUGUUCCUUGAGUCAGAAUGACUGAAUCUGUAUCCACCGCCCAUGUGCUGUUUCAUGACUAAGGGCUUCCAGAUUUCACAAUCCUGCCCCUGUUACCAUAUGCUGAUCACCAUGGAACUUUGGGUGUUUGGGUUUGGGAUGGGUUUUUUGGAAGACGCCUGUACAUGAAUUUGUUUUAUGUCUGUAGAUCAGUGCACACUAACCAAUGAACAGUCUUCGCAGUAAGGCUCUGUUCUGAUGGCAUGAGUUGUCAUUGCGACCGGUAAAUUCCAUUGUAACAUACCACUUGUUAUCACCCGCCUGUUCUGCCGUUGAUGACUUCUUGGAUCAUUCUUUGUCUAGCUCCUCCCCUUUGACCUUACUGCCUUGGGGGACCCUGCUGGGAGUAUGAGAUUCCCAAUGGCUUCACUCACAAGGGUCAUAGGAAUGUGCAAGCCCACUCACCAUGAAAAGGUGAUGAUCCAGCAAGUGAGGGCAGCAACAGUAAGGGGGGUGGCAGCAGCUUCCCAUUUCACCUUAGGCACUAUAAGAGGACACCCCACCUCUCAUGAAGCAUGUGUGGGUGGUAUGGUAAUAAUUGGGGGAAAGAAGGUAAAAUGCUGAAGGACAGAAUGUAAUGCAUGUAAAAGACAUGUCACUUUCCCCAUUUUCAACACCAGAGCAGGAAUGACCCAGAGUCCACCUAUGAUGAAGAAAACUUGGCCCAGUGCAUUUUUGACCUCUUUGUAGGAGGGUCGGACACAACCAGGGGUUCUUUGCAAUGGGCACUUCUCCUCCUGGCAAGUCAUCCAGAUAUCCAAGGUGAGAGAGGAGAGCCAGGGCUUCUCUUGACCACUAGGGUGGAGCAUAGUCCUUAAAAGGUGUCAUAUCAGAAAGAGUUAAAAGUGAGUUUAUGAUGUAAAUUAUGGAAGGUAAACGAUAUCGAAAUAAGCUAAAUGUUUUUGACUUUCGUGUCUGGAAAGAUAUUUUCCCCACCAAGAUUUUCCUACAUAGUUUCUAGAACCUAUAAUUAACAGAAGGAAAAAAGUAAAAUGCCCAGAAAGCUGGGACUGGGGGGAAACCAUGGGCCUUGCCCUACAUUCACUGAAUGAGCAGAAUAGUCAAGUAACAGAAUAAAAUGUCUCUAGGAAGUUUAUAGUUGGAGAUGAGUUUCAUGGCAAUGCUCUGUCAUUUGUCAUAAGGAAGCCUACAAUAGUAGGGUUGGAAGGGACCCCAGGGGUCUUCUAAUACAACCCCCUGCAAUGCAGGAAUCAACACAUUCCCCCCCUCCAGUUUGAUACCAUACCACAACCUGUUUUGUUUUGCAAAUCUGCUAGCAGUUUCUUUAUGCAGCAAAUGUACAAGAAUGCCCCUGCUGUGAAAUAAGUAACUGAGCCUCAUUCCUGCCUCUCCAUGCUCCAUUACAUGAGGGAUGCGGGUGGCACUGUGGUCUAAAGCACUGAGCGUCUAGGGAUUGCUGAUUAGAAGGUUGGCAGUUCGAAUCCAUAAGACAGGUGAGCUCCUGUUGCUCUGUCCCAGCUUUUGCCAACGUAGCAGUUCGAAAGCAUGCCAGUGUAAGUAAACAGGAAAUAUUGAGGGCUGGGGGUGGAGAAUGAAUAUAUGACAGUCUUUGAUCCCAGCCCUUCAGCAAAUCCAGACAGUUCUGGCAACCAGAAACUACUGAGAUGAGCUUCACUUUCAACCUUUUCUUACCUGGGAUCUAAGUGGGGAAGGACCAUAUAGACUGACUUAAACUCUUUGGAGGACGAGGUGGGCUUUGAAUGCAAGAACCUGGGACUCAUUCACAGAGAUUUAUGGAAUAUGUUCAAGGGAAAUAAAUGUCCAACUGAAAUAAAAUGCAGUAUUAACAAUCAUUAUCUGUUUCCGUCAUUCUCUUCAGAUAAAAUGCACAAGGAAAUAGAAGAUGUCAUAGGUUCUGCUCACUCAAUCUGCUAUCAAGAUAAGAAGAAACUGCCCUACACCAAUGCUGUGAUUCAUGAGAUGCAGCGCUUUAAAUUUGCCAGUUUUUUGGGGUUCCCUAGGCAAUGUGCAAAGGAUUUGAAGCUGCGUGGUUUUCUCAUUCCCAAGGUAUAACAGUAUGAUACAGCUGCACUCCUGUAGCCCAAGAACAAAGAGCAGCAAAAGGUUGCAUAUUGAGAGAUGCAGCCAGCCGUACAGGAACUUCCUGUCUAGUCAAAAAUCUGAAGGGCAAGAGCAGGAGCUCCAUCUGCAGACAUGUUUCACCACUGGCAAGUGCCAUUCCAUGGAGCAAUUGUGGCAGGGGAGAAGCAUGUAGUGGCCAGAGGUCUCAGCCUGGUUGUGAGCUUUCAUUUUAAAAGAGGUGGGGGAAAGUCCCCUUGUGUCCUGCCUGUACAGAAAGUUUUUACAGUGAUGAAUACAAAGCCACCCACCAAAAUUAUUAUUAUUAUUAUUAUUAUUAUUAUUAUUCAGAUCAGUAUCUGCAAUGAUUAGUCUUGGGAUAGUGUGGGACUUAUUGUAUUGAUGUGAAUGCAUUCCAAGUCACUUGUUUCUUAUUUGCAGGGGACUAUGAUUAUUCCUGAUCUGCGCUCUGUUCUUCUUGAUCCAACACGAUGGGAGACACCUGCAGAGUUCAACCCAAAUCAUUUUUUGGACAAGGAUGGACAAUUCGUGAACAGAGAAGAAUAUCUGCCAUUUGGUGCAGGUAAAUUCAGAAGACCAAGCUAUGUUGUGAUCUGUAGAUGUGCUUACUGGUCUGCUUCCAGGAAAUGACAUCAGCAGCAGCACAGGAGGGAGUGGGCCAGAGCAGAAGGAGCAUCUUUCUAGCUGGAGUGGCACUGCUGGUCAGCAGAAUGGGACAAGGCACUGGCAAGUUAAGGGGAUCUCUAGCUUGGUGGCUUGGGACCAGAGCCAUAGCUAGGUGAUCUUGCGCCCCUGACAGAACUGUCCAGAUUGCGCUCCCUUGUUGUUGUUGUUUAGUCGUUUAGUCGUGUCCGACUCUUCAUGACCCCAUGGACCAGAGCACGCCUGGCACUUCUGUCUUCCACUGCCUCCCGCAGUUUGGUCAAACUCAUGCUGGUAGCUUCGAGAACACUAUCCAACCAUCUCGUCCUCUGUCAUCCCCUUCUCCUUGUGCCCUCCAUCUUUCCCAACAUCAGGGUCUUUUCCAGGGAGUCUUCUCUUCUCAUGAGGUGGCCAAAGUAUUGGAGCCUCAGCUUCAGGCUCUGUCCUUCCAGGGCUGAUUUCCUUAAGAAUGGAUACAUUUGAUCUUCUUGCAGUCUCCUCCAGCACCAUAUUUCAAAAGAAUCAAUUCUUCGGCGAUCAGCCUCUUUAUGGUCCAGCUUUCACUUCCAUACAUCACUACAUACUGGGAAAACCAUCGCUUUUACUAUACAGACCUUUGUUGGCAAUGUGAUGUCUCUAUUUUUUAAGAUGCUGUCUAGGUUUGUCAUUGCUUUUCUCCCAAGAAGCAGGCGUCUUUUAAUUUCGUGGCUGCUGUCACCAUCUGCAGUGAUCAGUGUAACAUUCAUAUAGAUAUUAAAAAGCAUGGGGGAGAGGACGGAACCCUGAGGCACCCCACAAGUGAGAGCCCAGGGGUCUGAACACUCAUUCCCCCCCACACACUUUCUGGACACGGCCCAGGAGGAAGGAGUGGAACCACUGUAUGACAGUGCCCCCAGCUCCCAGCCCCUCUAGACGGUCCAGAAGGAUGUUAUGGUCGAUGGUGUCAAAGGCCGCUGAUAAACAUUCUGAAUAACACUUUGGCAAAACAGACAUAGUUAGGAUAGGGAAAACAUCAAGGCUGCUGUCAAUUGUCUAGCCUGGUCAGUGCUAACCUUUCUUUCUUCUUGCUAUACUUAUGUUUUGUUCCCAUCUCAUAUCAAGGAAGAUACAUUCAGGAAGAGGAUGGAUUGAAGAUGAAGGGUCCUGUGGGAGGGGCAGGGCAGAGAGCAUCUCCCAGGGCUAGAAGCCAGUGUAAGAGGGUCUAGCUCCCAGUGAGAACUGGGAGGGCUCACUUUUCUGUGUGCAGAAUAAGGGUGAAGAUUUAAUUUUGAUAGAGGACCUUGUAAUUUCCUUUAUUUCUUUUCAAUCUUUUCUUCCUUUCCUAUUUUUUUUUUUAUUUUCCCUUUUAGAUUAGCAUGGCUAUUAUUGUGUCUCACGCAUAAAACGUUCAAUAAAACUUGAUUUUUAAUAAUGAAAGGAAAACUUUGGUCAACUGCCCAAAUCAGCAAUGCAGAAAGGGGUUAAGACCAUGAGCAAACUGUCCUGCCAAGUUUACUUCACCUUGGUGGGAACCAGCAUUGCUGCCUGAAAAGAAGUUGGGUGGCUUGCAGUGGUGAUGUGUGACAGGGAACAGCAGUAUCCUGGUGCUUGCAGUGCUGCCUCUCUCAGGGACAGGGCAGGGGUGGCAUAUGUAGGGAGGUCCAGAUGGUAAACAAUGGAGGCCCCAUAGUUGUAUGUGCACGUGUGGGUCCCAAGCAGGGCCGUAGCUAGAGGGUGGUGAUAUGGGCCCCCACCAGGGGCACAGAAUCAGCUAAAAAUAUGUCACCUUCUCUUUCUCUAGCAGUAGCAGCAGCAGCAGCAGCUGGAUCCCGCAGCCCUGCACCACAGCGGGUACGGAGGGGAAAGGAGCACAGCGCGGCUCCCUCAGACAGCACAUUCGCUUUCCCACCUCAGCUGGAACGGACCAUUGGGAAUCUCGGGCAUAGGGGAUCCUGCUGCUGCUGCGAAUGCUGCCACCAGUAGCAGGACGCUGCUUGCCUCCCUGGCUGCUUAAGAGCGCUUCUCUCCCCUCCACCUUUCUCACUUUCUUACCCACCCCUCUGCCUUUCUCACUUCCUGGUUUUUGCGGGACUUCUGAAGAAUGCAUGCUCCAAUCGCAUGGCUGAAUCGUUACCUUAGGGUAGCAGCCAGGCAGGGCAGGGCGAUUGCUCCAAGGGUGGAUCGAGCGCUUGGAUGGGGAACGAAAAGAAAAAAAGGGGGGGGAGGAACAGGCGGGAGAGGAGAGGAGAGAGUGGAGAUUUGCCUUGUGUUGGGUUGAAAUAACGACAGACGAGUAGCAAGUGUCAUGUGAGAGGCAUCUCUCAAGCAAACCCCGAGGAGACUCUUUUAUUGAAUAUUACAACAUUGCCACAGGUGCGCUCGUUGCUGAUUGGUUGGCACAAACACAAAGCAACUCGUUGCUGAUUGGUUAACACAAGUACAAAGCAAAGGUUACAUAUAGGCAUUAAUCACCAAUAGAUUAAAGGCUGGGAAAGGGAGCACAGAACUAGACAGGCAUGAAACCUCCUAAUUAAAUUAUAACUAGUGAUUGAUGUAGCAAGACUAAAACAAUUACUAAUGAUUGAUCAUAACAUGAAAGAAUAUAAUAAUCGCGUUCCGCAGAUGUGGUCAACUAUGCAUUAAGAACAGGUCAGUAUAAUGUAUUCAUGAACUUAAUAUGAACUGAACAUCCUAGGGAGAUGAGGGAAUGUCUUGGUAUUUAGAACGGGUUGUGCAGCAUGUGCAGAAGCAGAGAAAAGCUUAGAAGCAAGACUUCGCAUCAUGCCGCAGUCAUGUGCAGAAGCAGAGCUUCCCUUCAUCUCCCCCUUUCUUUUCUUGUUUGCGAGGUGUUCUGGGUGAAUAAGACAAAAAUACUUCGGGAUACGUGGUAUGCCAGCGCAUGCUCGAAAUAAGUUCGCCAGGGUUGACGGGACAAAAAUACUUUGGGAUAUGUGGUAUGCCAGCGCAUGCCUGAAAUAAGUCUGCCCACAUCUCCCCUAAUGUUUACUGUUGGUGCUGCCAUUUCGCAAAGUAGGCAGCAAUGAUUUUAUUGGGUGGCUGAGGGGGAGAGAGAAGCCAAGACAAAAGACUUAUGAGUCCAGGAAUGCAUUGGAGGAAGCAACAUAGCAAAAUUAAUAUACAUAUUAUGACAAUGGCAUAUUGAAAGAGACUACGAAGCCAAGUCAGGUUUGGCAACCAAGCGGUAAACCACUUGGUGAAAGAAUCCCAGAGGCCAGAAAAUCCAACGUCCUGUUUAAUGUGGUGUGUAAGAUUUUGCAAAUGAGAGAUUUGGCUUUGAAUGGCUUUAGAAUUAUCAGUAAUAUUGAAACAACACAUGUCAGCCACUUGUUCACAGCCACAAUGAUGAAGCAUCAAUAAGUAAUCGAUAGCAGCGCGGUUUUGCAGAAGGCCAUGCUGGAGUUCACUUUGUUCUUUAUUCAAAAGGUGAAGAGCUUGAGAAGUAUAAUUCAGGGCUUUUGCUGCAGAACAAGCUAAAGAGUUUAUGUUCCUACUAUUGCGUACAGCCAAUCCAGGGACUCCUAGGAGAGAAACAGCUAAAGAGAUAUAUUCAGACCUACUGGGAAGAGAAAUUGAAUCGUCACAAUCGUUAGUCAAUUCAAUAGAGCGGCGAUAUCAAGAGCGGGUCAAAUGAUGCUUUUUGGGUAAUACGAUGGACAAACGGCUUAAGCAACAGGGUGUUCCAUGGCUGAUGUUUGCUGGAAUGUAAUUAAAUGUAUAGCCAGGACACGACCAGAACCAGCCUGCAGGUAGUUCUGUGUAUUUAUAUACAUAAUAAAUAUUUACAUAAUUAGAGCAGUGGAAAUUAUCCUUGCCCAUUUUUACACAGUUGGUUUUUGUGCAAUUUACCAUACGGGCGCAAGUGACAUUAAAAGAAGCCACGUAUGGGGUCAAUAAGUCAAUGGCCAGAGGUGGGCGUUGGCGCACUUGGUUACCCCAGACAUAGUAACCGGAAUAACCAAGGGUGCGGAGAGAAUCAUUUUUGGGUAGGGAUGAGAAAAACCAGGUAAGAUUUUGUAUAUCAAAAGGGUCAUGGCAAACAGGGAUAAGGCAGGAGCCAAAGAUUUCACCUAUUGACACCUGUUGGGUUAGGCAAAAGGAAGAAAUAUUGAGGGUCUUUGCAAAAGAUUCCCACACAUUUGUUGGUGUGUAGUUAUCGCUAUUAGGAGCGGAAGCAGAAAGAGGCAAAAACAACACGCUGAAAAUGAGCACUAUCAUGGAAUUAAUAUUAAGGCAGGAGAUGAUACACAGAAGCAAAUUCUCAGGGGUUGCUUCAAGCUGCUUUUCCUUUCUAAGCUGUUCAGCUGGACGCCGCAUCCUGGGCGAUCUGUAGGGUCUGUCGCCACGCCAUGGUAUAGGCGGAUGCAGCAUGCGGGAACCCAGCGAGCACCCUGUGGAGUAGAAACUGCAGCGUAACCCUUUCCCCAGGUGAUCAGUUUUCCUGAAAUGAGAGUGAUUUUAUUUGGCCCCAUGUCACUGGUCCAUUACAAUUUCCCCGCUUGCGAGUCCUGGGGGGGCACUCCAUUUGUUGGAGGGUAAUAUCUUAUAGCGGACCAGUGGGGCUGGAAGUAUCUCUGCUUGCUGAAAAUGCUUCUGGAGGCGAAUAUAAGAUUGAUGAUCCUGUAUGGAAACAUUCAAAUGAUUGAGAGUAAAGAGAACACUAGCCAACCAGCCUUCCUUUUCAGAGAGUGAGGCUGGGACUCCGGCCUUCUUUUCUUGUCGAAUCAAGGCAGUUUUUAAAGUGCGAUUGGCACGUUCAACAAUCGCUUGGCCUUGAGAAUCAUAGGGGAUGCCAAAUAAGUGGUGAAUAUUCCAAGUUUCACAGAACUGAGCAAAGGUUUUUGCACAGUACGCUGGGGCAUUGUCAGUUUUCAAGGAAUGAGGUUUGCCCAUGACUGACAUGGUACGAACAAGAUGAUUGCAAACAUGUUUAACCUGUUCUCCCCUUUGAGGGGUGGCCCAAAUAAAGCCAGAGAACGUAUCAAUGCAAACAUGUAUGAACUUCCAAGGUGAAAAAGGGGCGAAGUGAGUUACAUCCAUUUGCCAUAACUGGUUGGCUUCCAGCCUACGGGGAUUAACUCCAGGGCUGGGGUGGCCAAUCUGAUUAGAGCAUUGAGGGCAUUGUUGGAUAAUUGCACGAGCCGCUUCCAACGGAAUUUGGAAUUGGCGGCUAGGAGCCUUCGCAUUCUGAUGAUGGAAAGCAUGGCUUUCAAUGGGGGAAACAGGCAAAGCCCUAAGCAGAGAAUCUGCUUUUGCAUUGCCAUCAGUGAGAAAGCCUGGGAAGGGUUGGUGAGAACGAAUGUGCACCACAAAUAGUGGGUGGGAGCGAUUAGAGAGAAGCAAUUGUAAGGACAGGAAAAGGCUCAAUAAGUUGUCAUCCAAUAAGGGACUUACAUAACUGCCCUGUAAACGAGUUAUGACAUUUGCAACAUAAAGACUGUCCACUACCAAAUUAAAGGGCCGUGAGGAGAAGUGGUGCAGCGCUUUAACAGCAGCUGCUAACUCAGAACGCUGGGCAGACUUUUGUGGGAGAGUGUAGAGGCUGUGCCAUAUCCCAUUUUGUUGCCAAGCAACCACCCCUCUGGAGGGGGCUCCGUCAGUUGGUGGUCACCACGUCGGGGUCACCAGAUGUUGGGUUGAAAUAACGACAGACGAGUAGCAAGUGUCAUGUGAGAGGCAUCUCUCGAGCAAGCCCCGAGGAGACUCUUUUAUUGAAUAUUACAACAUUGCCACAGGUGUGCUCGUUGCUGAUUAGUCGACACAAACACAAAGCAACUCAUUGCUGAUUGGUUAACACAAGUACAAAGCAAAGGUUACAUAUAGGCAUUAAUCACCAAUAGAUUAAAGGCUGGGAAAGGGAGCACAGAACUAGACAGGCAUGAAACCUCCUAAUUAAAUUAUAACUAGUGAUUGAUGUAGCAAGACUAAAACAAUUACUAAUGAUUGAUCAUAACAUGAAAGAAUAUAAUAUUCGCGUUCCGUAGAUGUGGUCAACUAUGCAUUAAGAACAGGUCAGUAUAAUGUAUUCAUGAACUUAAUAUGAACUGAACAUCCUAGGGAGAUGAGGGAAUGUCUUGGUAUUUAGAACGGGUUGUGCAACAUGUGCAGAAGCAGAGAAAAGCUUAGAAGCAAGACUUCCCAUCAUGCCACGGUCAUGUGCAGAAGCAGAGCUUCCCUUCAGCCUUGAGCAUCAAUUGUUAAGUUAUUAUGCUUCUGUGUGUGACUUCUGCGGAAACGCACAAACGCGUCCUCGCGCCAACUGGCUAACUUACAAAUCUGCCCCGUAAUCUCCUCUCUGAAAUGAAACAUUCCAAGCAGGGAGGCUCAUCGGCAAUCCAGUAGCCUUUCUGAGAAAGGGAAAGAUUUUGUUUCCGACUGCAAUCUAUUUAUAUGGAAUUGCACAGUGCAAACGGCAAGGCUAGCUGUUUAUGCUUUUCCUCAUGUGAUGUGAAUAGAAAUAUUGUUUUGCAAGGUGGAAUAGCCUUUGCACAGAGAAAGAGGGAGGGGGGAGUCAAACGCUUACAAUGCGAGCUGAAAAUAGGGUGGUAGUCAACUAAGCUUUACUCAGAGUAGACCCAUUAAAAUGAAGGACUAUGACUAAGUCAGGUCCAUUAAUGUCAACAGUUGGCCUUCUCUGAGCUGACUACUGUCCAGAGUUUCUUUCAGACGAAUAGACUGUGAUCCUGGGUCCUAGUAUGGCUCCACUGAAGGAGGGAGAAACAUAGACUCUGUUGAUGUGCAUGAGCUAAUUUAAUUUGAAACAUUCACUGAAAGCAAAAUCUCUUUUGAGAAUAAAAGUCCUAUAUGUUUCCGAAAGGUCAUGUUCAUGCCUUAGAAUCUAAGGUGGCCCCCAGAUGUUGGUGGGUUCCAACUCCCAUCAGACCCAGAUAGCACAGCCAAAGGCAGGGAUGAUGGGUGUUGUAGUCCAACAGCAUCUGAAGAGCCUACAAAAGCAAAGCAGGUCUGGUCUGAUCAGAUGUUUUCAAACUUGCUGAAUACUCAGUGCCUAUUGAACCAAUGAUAUCUGUAGUCAUUAUUUAGCACUUGAAUACUGAGCAGUUAGGCAUAAUCUAAUCCACAAAUAUCCUUGCAAUAAUCAGGUCAGUCAAGCCCCAAGCCAGUAUCCCAAGACCCAAGCAUAUCUGUGGAAAUAGUUGAGCUCAGUUUCCUAAACCCUUGUCUUAUACCAUCCAUCUACACAUAUUCUGGAAACAAAAGUUACUGAAACAAUUUGUUGUUCCAUACCUAUAUAUCUCCAUGAAAAAACAUGUUUAUUAAAAGCUGACUAUUUAUUUUCUGUUUCUAUUUCUUAUUUUCUAUUUCUUAUUUUCUCCCAGACUUAGAAAGAUUGUCCACCAACUGGGAAAACCAACGUCUCUCAACUUUCAAUUUCCCUGAUUCUAAAAUUGGAUUUAUUUUUUGUUUGUUUUAGUGAAUCUAUCGCACUAAUUUUCAAGAUUAGUGAAGCACACAGCCAAGGACUCUGUAAGCUAAAUGUGCUACAUAUAUAGUAAAUGUAUAAUAAACCGAUAGCUGGAGGUUUGCAGAAUUUGUAGCACUUUUAGUUGAGGUGGUCAAGUACCGUAUAUGCAUUUGGAGAGUGCCCCUAAAUUCCAUACUGACAGACACUUCAGGUGAUUUACACAAAUUGCAUACUUUAGUAGUACUUUGAUCUGCUUUGUUAUGUGAAGUAUCACAGACUGUCAGAAAUUAUCUAGGUAAAUGUUUUAUCUGUGUUAGCAACAGUUCUUUUCUUUUGAAGAGUUGGAAGUAUGUCUACAAUAGUGUUGUGCAAUUCAUUUUUAACUUAGGCAUUUUGUAAGCUCUCUGUUAGAGUUGCUUUUUAGCCUAACAUUUUUGUCACACCUCUUAUACGCAUGCUUCAAAUCAGUGGCAUGCAGUGAAAUUUUCCGUAGGGGAACAGUUAGGGCCUGAGGUGUCGGCUUCCAAGGGUAAUUGUGGGGAGGACGUCAUGUAUUUGAGCAUUGCGCCUCCCUCCCUAAGCCAGGCAGAAGCUUCCUGGUCUUUGAGAAGGAGGCGCCAGUGGAACAUAUAGGGGACUAACCUAGUCCCCCCAGGUCCACUGACAGCACAUGACUGCUUCAAACAUUAUGCAGCAAUCAAUCCUUGUUUGCACAGCCCAUUUGAAAUAUACUCGGAGUCGAGAGUGGAUUUCAUGCUCUUUAUUCAGCUCAUAGUGGUGAGGAGGAAUGGGAGUCCCGGACUUCCGGGGUGGCGCCAUCGGCAAUGGCGGACUCCCUCUGAUCUGGAGGGACUAGCUCCAUGUGAAACGGGUCUUUUCCGCUACGGCGAAGCGGGGACCCUUUCAAAAAUCACAGGCGGAUGAAGCCUGUGACCAUGGGACUCGGCGGGCACCCUUAGUGCCCCCCCAACCCGCAAAGGAACCCACUAACGGGCUCCAAAGCGAAGAGGGGGAAGUGGCGCGGUGCUGAGAGUCAACUGCUUCUUCCGUGGAACGAAGCCGCAUAGCCGUUGCCGGAGAGCGCUGCCUUUUUCCUGGGACAAUUUGGCUUCUAAAAUAAUCACCCGUGAGUACUUAAAUUUCGGACAACUGGACUUUAAAUAAGGACUUGCGAGCAGAAAGGAAUUGGACUUAAAAAUUUACUUCAAUUUGGCACUGAAACGGGAAGGUCUAAACAGGAAGUCAGCCUUCCGUUUCUUUGUAGACAGAUUAAAGCAAAGACAAGGUAAACUAGAGCUCAGAAAAUCAAUUCUAAAAGAUUAACUUUCAACAUUUUAAAUUGCUGAACCCCCUUCGGAAGCAGGAGAAGAAGGGGGAUCUUUUUCAGACUGUUUAAACCUGCAGAAGUGAGUUUAAAGUAAAGUAACUUUCCACCGUCUUGAUCCUGGAGCGGGGUGUCAGGACUGACGUUCUUUUUUGAAGCUCAUUGACCAGAGACAACCGUUUUUGACAGAUAGCUAAAAGAAGAGAAACAUAGUGAUUCCACUGUUCCCCUUCGCAUUUUAAAGGAACAAAUAUUGACAAAAUAUCUGAAAAAGGAAACUUUGUUGCUAGAUUUGUCCUUAAAUGAAAGAACAAAUAGAAGUUUUCCCCUUAGAGGGAGACUGUGAAACUGUAACCAAUUCCAGGGAGCUUGCAGCUGUUACAGAUUACAAUCGUGGGAAUAGACUUCUGACCUUGAAGGACAAUGUAUUCAGAAGCUCUGUUGUGUGCUCUCUGUAAAACAAAUGCCCUACUGGAACAAUUAAAUGAGAAGACGGAUUUGAUGACUGAUGCGAUCAGAAUUUUUGAACAGGCAGUGGGAAACUAUAUGGAGCCCACCCAGGAAUUAAAUCAGGAGCGUUCCCCGACAGAACAGAUGAGAGAAGAGGAUGUUGCUGAAUCUUGGGCGCCAGAGAUGGAGGGAGCUGUGGCCCUGCAGGAACAUCAGCUUUUGGAUUUGACAAAUGAACUUGGAAAAAGCCAGAUUUGGAAAGAUAAAGUUUGGACUGGUUUGGAAAUGGGGGGUUGGAUAGACCCCCCUAUGCAGGGAUGUUUGGACUUUUCAAGUCUGGCAAUGGGCCGUGAGCUGUUUGGGGCUAUGGGGGCUCUUAAUUUUGGAGGGAUUCUGAAACAUGUUUUUAAAUACCACAUGGAGUUUAGUCUGGACUAUGGAAAAGGGGCUGAUUUGUUGAAAAGGGUCAAAAACAUUGCCAAGCUGGAGUUGCCACGAGUGAAAGGAGAAUAUGAAGAAGAGCCGCGGAAGGGACAUGGAAGGGACUUAAGGGCCUCGGAUAUAAGGUUACCAGGUUAAUGCGCUAGAUCAUUGGGAUAAAAAGGACUGACAAAACCCGGGACCAGGAGGAAGGGACGCUGGAUGAAGAUUGGAUUGUUUUUAUUUCUUUUUUUUAUUACUAGGAUUGUUUUAUAAAAUUGAUGAAUGUUAGAAAAAUGUUGGAACGAAAUUACUUGGCUUUAGCAAAAAUGUUUAAAGAAUUAGGUAAGAAUAUUAUGGUUAUGAGAAAUUGGUAAAAAUAAGAUUUAAGUUUUAAGGUUCUUUAUAAGAUAAGAUGAAAAUAGAUUAAGGUAAUGUAACAACAGAAUAUUAUGAAAUAUGGAAAGGAUUUGCUGCGACAAUUAACAAGUAGGAUACAGAAAAAGGGAGGAGGAGGAGGUCAAAGAAAGAAGGUAAUGAAAGUUGAGGAUUCGAGAAUGAUGGAUUUGUUUUUGUGUGUUUGUGGUGUAUUUUUGGUUUUUUGAAUUUGUAUUGUUUGAUGUGGUUUGUUUUUUUCUUUGUUUUUUCCUUUUUCUUUUUCUCUUUUGUUCUCUUUUGUAAUUCUAAAAAAUUUUCAAUAAAUAUCAUUAAAUAACAAAAAAGAGGAGGAAUGGGAGUCCCCUCCCCCCGAAUGUCUGCUUUAUAUACAUAAUUUACACAAUGGGCCCCACGUGAUUGGCUAAUUCUGGGAUUCUGCUGUAGGCCAAUCAGGUUGCGGAUUCACUUCCACCUGGAGCUGGAUGGGGUGGCUCCUGUGCACCAAUCAGACUACUCCAUUCUGGAUCCUAUUGUUCUAGGACCAAUCAGACUGCUGCAUUCUGAAUCCUAUUGUUCUGGGACCAAUCAGACUGCUGCAUUUUGGAUCCUAUUCAACUCAGUACAUAACACCAUUUCAACUCCCUGGUGAGCAGCAAUUUAUACACCAGUUUCUGCUGCAUUAAGAGAUGUUUAUCCCGAUAUCAAAAUACAGUCAUACCUCAUUUUGCAGCAGGGAUCCGUUCCGGAGCCCCAGCCACUAGCCGAAAAGGAUGCAGGGCAAAGUGCUGUGUCUGUGCACACGCGUGGAGCUGUUUGCACUUCUGUGCAUGCAUGAAGUGCGAUUUACCGCUUCUGCACAUGUGCAAGCGGCAAACCCGGAAGUAACCCAUUCUGGUACUUCCGGGUUGCCGUGGACAUUCACCGCAAUGGACGCUAUUCAGGGCGGAUGUUCGCAGAGGUAUUACCGUAGCACUGAGAAUAUUUCUCACUAUGCCAGGAAGUGUAGCAUCUUGUGAACAUAGUUUUAAUAAGUUAAAACUCAUACAAAACUACUUAAGAUCAAAUAUGAGUGAAACCAGACUAACAAGUCUAGCAAUCCUGUCCAUCGAGUAUGAACUAGCAUCAAAAACAGAUUUUGAUGAAAUUACUGAGUCUUCUUCGAUUAAAGCUAGAAAAAUAAAGUUCUAAUCACAUCAGACUUCAUUGAGGAGAUUCCUACUUAAAGCCAGAGUCGGCCUAACUUUACUUUUUAAAAAGAUUUCAAAUAACAACUCUUCUGAAUAAGAACUUGUAAUGUGACUUGUGAAUAAUGUUAAUAGUGUUCUUAUUUAUAUCAACCAAAUACCACAGAUAUUGUGAAAGCAAUGCCGUUUUACAUCAUAUAGUAUUAUAAUAUAAAGUUAUCAUUGUGAAAUAAAUCAGUAUGAUAUUUUUCUACAUUUCAUUUAGGCCUAUCUGUAUACUGUUUUACAACUUAAUUACAUUAAAAAAAACUGUCAACUGCCAUCUAAAUGUCAUUUGUUUUCCUGAAACCUUUUAUUAAGACAUAAUAAAUUAAAUAUUGUAUUUUCUGGGAAAGAAUUCAAUACAAGGUGAAGUGUGUGGGGAAUUGAAUGGCACAGGGUGGGGUGGGGUGGAGGAGAGGCGGAAAGAAGAGCUAAUUUAUCCAUGGCUAGGGAGCGCAAUCUGGACAGUUCUGUCAGGGGUGCAAGAUCACCUAGCUAUGGCUCUGGUCCCAAGCCACCAACCCAGAGAUCCCCUUAACUUGCCACUGCCUUGCCCAAUUCAUAUAGAUAUACAGAACAAAACAUAAGUAUAGCAAGAAGAAAGGAAGGUUAGCACUGACUAGGCUAGAAAACUGACAGCAGCCUUGAUGUUUUCCCUAUCCUAACUAUGUCUGUUUUACCAAAGUGUUAUUCAGAAUGUUUAUAGCUACAAAGCAAUGAACCUGGGAAAGUAAAUUAUUGGAGGAGGAGGAGGAGUUUGGAUUUGAUAUCCCGCCUUUCACUCCCCUUCAGGAGUCUCAAAGCGGCUAACAUUCUCCUUUCCCUUCCUCCCCCACAACAAACACUCUGUGAGGUGAGUGGGGCUGAGAGACUUCAAAGAAGUGUGACUGGCCCAAGGUCACCCAGCAGCUGCAUGUGGAGGAGCGGAGACGCGAACCCGGUUCCCCAGAUUACGAGACUACCGCUCUUAACCACUACACCACACUAUUGCUCACUUACUCUCUUCUUCUUGUCUCCUCUUCAGGGUCUCGCAUAUGUUUGGGAAUGCAGAUGGCAAAGAUCGAAAUAUUCAUCUUCCUGACCAGCCUGCUGAGGGCAUUUAGUUUGCAGCUGCCAGAAGGAGUCAAAGAGCUCAAUCAAGAGGCUAUAAUAGGGUCUACAGCACAUCCCCAUCCUUAUAAACUCUGUGCUGUUCCCCGUUGCAACACAUAA